GGAAACCGCAGCGCAGCAAUUCGUAUCCCAAUAAGCAGCAGCAGCAGCAGCAGCAGCAGCAGCAGCAGCAGCACAAGAAUAGAGUUUCGAUGCCCUGA